UACCUCCACCACAUUUCUCGCUCGAUAGCUUGGAUGGGCAGAGCACCCUUCGCGGCAGACUCGAGGCGGCAGAAAUGGCGGAAAUCUCCGGGUUCCUCCUCAAGCAACAGACCACGUGAACUACGACGAGGAGCCAGGCAACGGGCGCCAUGUCCAACGUCUUCGACAUGAAAGGGAGGGACAUGAAUGGUGCAGAUGCGCAGAGCUGCAAUGCAGCACGGGCGCGGUUGAAGAGCGCGAGCCUGCACCAUGUGGAUUUGCCCAGCAACAGGCAAAAGGAUGACACACGCCAGUACCAGAUGUUUGUUGCCACAUGGAAUGUUGGAGGAAAGACUCCGAGCAACAGGCUCAACUUGCAAGAUUUUCUCCAGGUUGAAGAAUCGCCUGACAUUUACGUCUUGGGGUUUCAGGAGAUAGUUCCCCUGACCGCCGGAAACGUGCUGGUCGUGGAGGACAACGAGCCGGCGUCCAGGUGGCUGGGGCUCAUCCACCAGGCGCUGAACGAGACCCAGGAGCAGCCCGACGACGACGACGACCCGCCGCCGCCGGAGCCGCCCGCAGACUCCCGGCGCCACCACCGCCGCCGCGACUCCUCGCUCUUCUUCCAGACGCCGUCGCUCAAGGUGCUCAGCAACAGCUACCGCGUCGACAGCGCGCUCGUCAAGACCUGCAACUGCUCCACCGAGCCGUCGUCCAUGCGCCGCCGGGCAGCGGAGAUACGCGCGUCCGUGUACCGCGCCGAUGCAGAGGCCGAAGCGGCCGCCGGCGACGGCGAGACAUCCACCAGCGGGUGCAACAACGACACGGAAGCAGCAAGCCACGGCGGUGGCGCUGGCACGCCGACGGCGCAGUGCGAGCCUGGCUGCGGCGGCGGCGGCAGCAUAAGCUACUGCCUGAUCGGGAGCAAGCAGAUGGUGGGGCUGUUCCUGUCGGUGUGGGUGAAGAGGGAGCUGGUGGAGCACGUCGGCCACCUCCGCGUCGACUGCGUCGGCAGGGGCAUCAUGGGCUGGCUCGGCAACAAGGGCUGCAUUGCCAUCAGCAUGACGCUGCACCGCACCAGCCUCUGCUUCGUCUGCAGCCACCUGGCCUCCGGCGAGAAGGAGGGCGACGAGCUGCGCCGCAACGCCGACGUCGCCGAGAUCCUCCGGAGCGCGCACUUCCCCCGCGCCUGCAAGCUGCCGGCCAGCCAUAGAGUCCCCGAAAAGAUUCUUGAGCACGACCGGAUGAUAUGGCUUGGGGACCUGAACUACCGAGUGUCGCUAAGCUACGAAGAGACGAGAACGUUGCUCGAGGAGAAUGACUGGGACGAGCUUCUGAAGAAAGAUCAGCUGAUAAUCGAGAGAGAAGCAGGAAGGGUGUUCAGUGGCUGGAACGAGGGCAAGAUCUGCUUCGCGCCCACGUACAAGUACACGCACAACUCCGACGCGUACGCCGGCGAGACGGCCAAGUCCAAGAAGAAGCGGAGGACGCCGGCAUGGUGCGACCGGAUACUGUGGCGCGGCGACGGCAUCGAGCAGCUGCAGUACCUGCGCGGCGAGUCCAGGUUCUCCGACCACCGGCCGGUCUGUGGCGUGUUCGCCGUCGAGCUGGACGCCGACGAUGGCAGCAAGAUCAGGAGAGCGUACUACUCCGUGAACGCGCGGAUCGGCUAUGACAAGACGGCGGCGUAGAGCUUCUGCGAGCCACCGUAGUGGAAUGUUGUGUGUAGGCAAGAUGACUAGACCAGUACAGAUUGUACAGACCAUUGAUGCAUGGCAGUGGCAGCUCAAGUCUGAGGAGCACGCUUUCGUUGUGUAUUUGUGUGCCGUCUGUGCCUGGCGGAAAAGAUCCAACGGUGUCCGGUGUCCCCUACAACACAUGCAGAUAGCAAUUCUUUUCUCUUGUCCUCUUUUUUUUUUAAAAAAAAAGCAGGACUUACCAAACCAUAGUAUCACAUGUUCUUCCUCAUCAUGGUGUUAUGGGCAGAGUCUGCAAGGAGGUGGUUACAUUUUGUGUGUUUUGAAAAAAAAGUGUUGAAAUUCUCAUUGCCAAGUUAGAUAAUUCUGCAGCCAUACAAUAUCAAUGUUCAAGUGCGUCGACCUCCAAUAAUCAUGUAAAUUCUAUUGAACAAAUUGAAGGCCUUUUCUCAAGACCGCUCAGCAAGGAUUAGAUGGACGCAAUUAUGGAGAUGGCAAAUCAAGGGAAGGGGAAGAAAGGAAGCAAGUUCAGGGGACGCAGAGUGUCGCCACUUAAGGCCUCCAUCAUCAAAGCUGCUUCGGGAAAAUGAACCGCUCGUCCUGAUUGAGUUAUCAGUGGUUCUAGUUUUUAUAUUAUGUGUUCAAAGUUAAUUCUCCCUUGCUCUUGUCUGGGGGUAGAGCAUGGUGUGCUGCAGGUUCUUUUGCUAGACUAUUGGCCGUUGCAUGGUAUUUGGUAGUCCUGGUGGUGGUGUUCGAAUCAUUGGAUCCUCAUCCCUCUGUAUCUUA